AUGAUUCUGGAGGUUGGCCAGACGAAAAGCUUCCAGCGAAAGGCUGCGCCCGCGCCCGAGCCCGAGACCUACCACUCCUCCACGCAGCCAUCUCCGCUACUGGACUUGCCCUACGAGCUUCGCCAAUCCAUCCUCCAGUAUACCCUCCGUCAGCAGCGCACACUGCAGCUGCAGUCUCCAUUAUGCGCGGGUCUCCACGUGUUCGCGCAACCAUUGUUCCACGUCUGCCGACCGCUUCGAGAUGAAGCCUUGGACGCAUUCUACCAAUCCAACGACUUCCUCUGGGUCAUCGAUACCGAGCACACACUUCGCUCCUUUCCCUCCAGCUAUCCCUCACCCACACCCGUCCUCCACGACGGCGAAUCCGUGCACCCGGACUUGGAAGCACCGCUUACGCCAAUCUUGCCCUGGCAGUACCCACGGUUGAUGAAGAACCUACGCCGUCUUCAGAUCAACGUAUACCUCCCUCAGGCACGUGACGCUUGGGCAUUACAGGAGCGCUUGACCGCUCUGGUCAACGCACUGGAUAAGGGCCGGAGACUGGCAGCAUUCCACAUUCUCGUCACUGCCAAGCGGAGAGCCGCCCAGAUUCCUCUGACUAUGCCGGAACGCACUGCACUCGAAGUCCUCGCCGAAAUGGAAGUCCGCGGAAAGGUCGAUGUCCAGACGCGUUACUCCUUUCGGGCAGUGACCGCUGGCGUGCAGAGUCUGGAUUUGCAGCGCAGAAUGAAGGCACACUGA